AUGCCCGUGUCCAUCAUCGAGGCCCAGCGCGACAUCCUGCUGAACACAAUCCGCCAAAUCACCCGCAGCGAUUGGAAAGUGUUGGUGCUGGAUGUGGACAGCAAAAAAGUGUUGGACAAUGUGCUCGACGCCGACACCAUCCUCAACGAGAGCAUCACCAACAUUGAACUCAUCACCGACCGCCGCCCCGCCAACCACGAUGUCGACGCCAUCUACCUCGUCACCCCGCAUGCGCAUAUUGUCGAUUGUGUCAUGGCGGAUCUGGAGCGGAAAAAGUACCGACGGGCGCAUUUGGUGUGGACGAGCUUACUUCCCCCGGCAUUGCGCGAGCGAAUCGACAAGAGCAGUGUGGCACGCGAACAAAUCGCCCUUUUUCGCGUCUUGAAUGUCGAAUUCUUCCCGCGAGAAGGCCAUCUCGUCACGUUUCGCGAUCCUUGGAGCUUCCCCRUCCUCUUCCACCCCGCCCUCAAUCAUCUCGUCAAACAGCACAUGGAGGAUGUGGCUCAGAAGAUUGUCGGCGUGUGUGUCGCGUUGGGAGAAUAUCCCACGAUCCGCUACUAUCGCCCGCGAACCCCCACCCACGAAGCCGCCGUCCUCUGCUCCCACCUCGCYCGUCAUGUUCAAGACGAACUUGAUCUCUACGCCAAAUUCCACCAAGACUUUCCCCCACAGACCGCUCGUCCCCGAGGUGCAUUGUACAUCACCGAUCGAACCAUGGACCUCUUCGCUCCCAUCCUCCAUGAAUUCACCUACCAAGCCAUGGCACACGAUCUCCUCCCCAUCAAGGACGGCGACAAGGUCACCUAUAAAACCCUCGUCAAUGAAGGCCAGCCGGAUCAACAAGAAAAGGACGUGGAAAUCACGGAAAAGGACAAGAUCUGGGUGGAGAAUCGACAUCGGCAUAUGAAGGAUUGUAUUGAGAAGUUAAUGGCCGACUUCCAGAAGUUCAUCAAGGACAAUCCCAACUUCACCAAGACCGAGGAUGCCACCAGUUUGAAUGCCAUCAAGGACAUGUUGGCCGGAUUGCCUCAAUUUCAAGAGCUGAAGGAGGCAUACGCCCUACAUCUGACCAUGGCACAGGAGAGUAUGAAUCGCUUUCAAAAGUGGAAGCUUCCGGAUCUUGCCAGUGUCGAGCAAAUCCUCGCCACGGGCCUCGACGAAGAAUACAAAAAACCAAAGGGUCUCGCCGAUCAAGUCGUCCGCAUGCUUGACGAACCCGACCUCCUCCCCACCGACCGUCUUCGUCUCCUCAUGCUCUUCCUCCUCUUCAAAGAUGGCCUCGUUCCGGGAGAUCUCCAAAAACUUCUCGCCCACGCCCAACUUCCCCCUCAAAAUGCCGAAAUCCUCGCCAAUCUCGAAAUCCUCGGUGCUCGCAAAUCCCGCAAUCUCAAAGACUCUCGUCCUGUACCUCUCCCCCUCUUCCCACGAAAACCUCCCCCGGCCCAAAAUAUGGAGGAAUACGCCCUCAGUCGAUUCGAGCCCGUCAUGCAGAACCUCCUCGAAGCCCACGCGGCGGGAAAUCUCGACACCACCAUCUUCCCCUACACGAAACCUCCUCUGGACAUGGCAGAAGAUGCAGCAAAUCUUCGCCCCUCGGCACAAUCUCUCCGCACAACCUCCACCGCCGGAAAACCCACCUGGGCGAGAACACGCACCAAUGCCAGUCCCGAAAAUCUCCAACGCAUCGUCAUCUUCAUGGCGGGUGGUGCCACAUAUAGUGAAAGUCGCGUCUGCUACGAUGUGGGCCGAAAGACCGGCCGAGAUGUCGUCCUGGUCACGAGUCACAUGCAAACUCCCAAUCUCUUCAUCCGACAGGUGGGAGAUUUGAGUGCGGAUAAAAGGAGAUUGAAUAUUCCCCAAGAGAUGCCCAAACCGCAGGCUCCGAGUCAUUUGUUUGAGAAUGAGGAGAAGCCCAAACCUCCCCCUCCGCAGAUCCAGGCGCAAGUGGCGCCGCAGAGGACGACGGCACCGCCUACGCAGGCCAUGGGCAGGAUGAAUCUCAAUGGUGGCGCUGGUGCGUCUCAGGUGGUUCCCAUUCCGCCCGCCGGCAAGUUGACCAAGGACGCUCCUCCUCCUCCUCCUGGCAUGAUGGAAAAGGAGAAGAAGAAGAAGAAGCAUCAUUUUGGGUUUGGGAAGAGUAAGGAUAAGUGA